CUAGGGGCGGGGAGGAGAGCUUCAGUACCUCCUCUGCUGUCAGAUCCAAACCCCGAGUCGUAACCCAAACCCUAGCGCCGGGUUCGCGCCGCUGCUUCCUGCUGCGACGGCGUCGGGGAGAUGAGGGGCGUCAGGGGGGAUGGUGGCGGCACCGGCGGCGGCGUCUCGUCCUCGUCUUCCACCGCAGAGAACUCGCGUUUCGAUGCGGCGCAGUACUCCUUCUUUGGCAAGGAGCCCAUGGAGGGGUCGGAGCUUGGUGGUUUGUUGGAGGAUGGAGGCGUCGACGGCGGCGAUGGCAGCGGAUUCGGUGGACCUGAUGAUGGGGGGUACCAGUUCUCAUCUGUGGGAGAAGAGAUUGAUUGUAUGAGUAACUUGACUGAAAUCGAUGAUCUUGCGAGCACUUUUGCAAAGUUGAACCGUACUAUUACUGGAACAAGGUAUCCUGGUGUUAUUGGCGACAGACGAUCAAUUUCUAGGGAAAGUUGUUUGACAACUGACUGGGUUCAAGAUGCGGACUUCCCUAAUUGGGUAGAUCAUGAUAUACUAGACAGUGAUGAAUUACAGGACAGCAAACAGUGGUGUUCACAGAUGCAGUCUUCGCCUCACUUUGGAGAGUCCAAACCACUGUCUCGAACAUCUUCGUAUCCCCAGCCACCAUUACAACACCGCUCAAGUGAACCUAUUCUUGUCAGAUCUUCUUCGUUUACAUCCUAUCCACCACCAGGUGGGGGUGCUGGAUUACCUUACCCUGCUCAAGGUCUUACACGGCACUCAAGCAUUCCAUCACCUGGUUUUGGUCACCAGAUGGGUUCCCCAAGUUCGUCGCUUUCUGGUUCUCCAUAUCAUAUGUCUGGUCUACCUUAUGGACUGCCCUAUGGAAGAAGCAUGCCUUACACUGCUGCAGAUCUGUCAAUGAGCAGUAUCCUGCAAAAUGACUGGCCUAACCAAGCUGGUCCGCUUGCUUUUGACCAUCUUAAUCUACGGCCCAAUUUGUUGCAGCAACAAUUAUCUCUGCCAAGUAGUUCAAUGUCUUCGUUUCCUUUUUCUCAGCAGCAGCAGAGAUUGCCGCCAGUCCAGCAUCACUUCCAGAAUUACUUGCAGCCCCACCCGCUGUAUCACCAUCGUUCUCCAGAUAUAAUGGGCAAGUUUGAUCCUGUUCCUAAUGUGCCUUCACCAAGAGACAAGCGAUCAAGGUCAGGAAGAGGAAAACAUAACAUACGCUUUUCUCAACAGCCUUCUGAUACAGGUAGCCAGAAUGGUGAGAAUGGCGGGAUAAAGUUCAGGUCCAAGUAUAUGUCAUCUGAAGAGAUUGAAAGUAUCUUAAGAAUGCAGCACUUUGCAAAUCACAGCAGCGAUCCUUACAUCGAUGAUUACUACCACCAAGCUUGUAAAGCCAAAAGAUCUGUCAGUUCUCAGCAGAAGUCCAGUUUCUCCCCUAUAUCAAUAAAAGACUUUCCCUCGAAGUCCCGGUCCGGUGGUGAUCAACAUGCAUAUCUACAGGUUGAUGCUGUUGGAAGAGUUUCAUUCUCUUCCAUACGUAGGCCUCACCCUCUUCUUGAAGUUGACAUUCCUGCAUCUGGUGAUGGUUUGUAUGAUCAUAAGUCAUCUAUGAGGCCACUGGAGAAAGAGCCAAUGCUGGCAGCCAGAAUAACUGUUGAAGAUUGUCUUCUUCUUCUUUUGGAUGUAGAUGAUCUUGAUCGGUUCUUACAGUCUAGCCAGCCACAGGACAGCAGUUUCCAACUGAGGCGAAGGCGACAGGUUCUCCUUGAAGGCUUAGCCGCAUCACUUGAGCUUGUUGACCCUUUUGGCCCCAACAAACCUGGCCAUUCAUCUGGAUUGGCCCCUAAGGAUGACCUUAUUUUUCUUCGCAUUGUUUCUCUCCCCAAAGGACGUAAGCUUUUGACACGCUAUCUUCGACUUCUUGUCCCUGGUUGUGAGCUGACCCGAAUAGUUUGCAUGGCUAUUUUUCGACACCUUAGGAGCUUGUUUGGGGGUUUGUCGUCAGAGACUGGUGCCGCACAAACUACAAUUAGUCUUGCCAAGACUGUUUCCUCUUGUGUGCACCAUAUGGAACUAAGUGCUCUCAGUGCUUGCUUCGCUGCUGUUGUCUGUUCAUCACAGCAGCCACCUCUCCGACCACUUGGUAGCCCUGCUGGCGAUGGGGCUUCUCUAAUCAUCAAAUCUGUACUGGAUAGAGCAACUGAGCUACUGGCUGAUCCUCAUUCUGCAGCCAACUACAGCAGAUCAACACGUUCUCUUUGGCAAGCAUCAUUUGAUGCUUUCUUUGGACUUCUGACAAAGUACUGUGACAGCAAGUAUGAAAGUAUUCUGCAGAGGUUUACUAUGCAAGGAUCCAACUCUGCUGUUGGACCUGAGGCCUCCAAAGCAGUCAGCAGGGAGAUGCCUGUUGAGCUGUUACGUGCAAGUCUUCCUCAUACUAAUGAAGAUCAACGCCAAAUGCUGCUAGAUUUUGCUCGGAAAUCGAUGCAUGUAUCCGGAUCAAUUCCAAGUUAACACUAUUGAAGAGACCAAGGCCAUUGCUUAAAUUGUAUGUGCAGUUUGUCUUCAGAUGGUAGUUCUUAUAUUUGGAGACAUGUUUGCGCUCUCAUCGGAAGGUGGAGCUUUGGAGUUCCAUUGGCUCAAUGAAGUUAGCAUUCAGAAUGUGACCAUGUGUAGGAUCGAGAUUAAAUUUAUAGACCAAAAACCUCUCCUUUAUUCUUUUCAUAUAGGACCCCCUGAUGGUUAUAAUAGAUUAUGCAUGUAUGUAUCCUGUUGUAACUGUGCAGUGAUGAUCUGGGCAUCUGUUCGAGGUAACCUAAUUAACGUUUAUUUUCUAACAAUGAAAAGGAAACGAGUGGGUGGAUUGCAACAGCUUUACCACCGCUCCAUCUCCUUGUUUCUCGAGGGAGAUCAUAUCGAACAUGUUGUCUGGUGAUGAUUGCUUCAACUACGAGAUGCGCCAAAGGUGCGGGAGUAACGAGCUCUUCGGCUCCAGGAAGGUUUUAUAAGCUCGUUUGCUACAAUUGUUACUACUAUUCCUGGCUUCAUGUAUGAACUGUAAGCUUCAUAUGAUUACUUCAAGUCUAGCGAUUGGUGACGCUGUUUACUUA